UGUGUUUUUUGUAGCUCCGCAGUGUCGCUGUGUGAGCUGACAAACCGCUGGAAGCUGCAGGGAGGAUUCUUACUGUAACACUUCUUCACUCCUUUUCUUCAUCCUCCUCCUCCUCCUCCUCCUCGUCUCCUUCCUCUUCCUCUCCCUGUCUUUCUGUCUCUCUUUGUCUCCAUGCGGGUCUCUCUCCCGCACCAGCGCAAACAGCGGGCCUUCCUGUAGCCGCCGCCCCGGCCUCCCUCGCCCUCCGGCCGGCGGAGCCUCCCAGCUGAGCCCCGCUGAGGUGGCCUGGUUCCCGGCGAGAGAUGCUGUAGAGCAGCCGGCGGACGAGAUGCUUGUCCCGGACUGAAGAGAGCAGAUAGCCGCGGAGGAGAGCAGGAAGAUGUCCGGCAGGAUGCCUCUGACCCCGGUGAGCGAGAGAGAGUCUGAGCAGCCAAAGUCUUCAGAUGGCCUCCCUGAGCCGCCAGCCCCACCCGCCAAAUCAUCAAGUCGCCACAGUCUGCUGCCAUGUCGCAGCGCUGUGACGUCCCUCACUGAUGAACAGCCGCACGUAGGCAACUACCGCCUGCUGAAGACCAUCGGCAAGGGCAACUUCGCCAAAGUCAAACUGGCCAGACACACACUGACGGGCCGAGAGGUCGCCAUCAAGAUCAUCGACAAAACUCAGCUGAACCCGACCAGCCUGCAGAAGCUCUUCAGGGAGGUCAGUGUGAUGAAGAUCCUCAACCACCCGAACAUCGUGAAGCUGUUUGAGGUGAUCGAGACGGAGAAAACUCUGUACUUGGUGAUGGAGUACGCCAGUGGAGGUGAAGUCUUUGACUACCUGGUUGCUCACGGACGUAUGAAGGAGAAGGAGGCCAGAGCCAAGUUUCGCCAGAUUGUGUCAGCAGUGGAGUACUGUCACCAGAAGAGGAUCGUACACCGAGACCUCAAGGCGGAAAACCUUCUGCUGGACGCUGACAUGAACAUUAAGAUCGCAGACUUUGGUUUCAGUAAUGAGUUCACUCUGGGCAGUAAGCUGGACACCUUCUGUGGAUCUCCUCCCUACGCUGCUCCUGAACUCUUCCAGGGGAAGAAGUACGACGGGCCGGAGGUGGAUGUCUGGAGUCUGGGAGUGAUUCUGUACACGCUGGUCAGUGGCUCGCUGCCCUUCGACGGGCAGAACCUCAAGGAGCUAAGGGAGCGUGUCCUCAGAGGAAAGUACCGGAUUCCCUUCUACAUGUCGACUGACUGUGAGAACCUGCUGAAGAAGCUGCUGGUGCUGAACCCGGGGAAACGAGGCAGCCUGCAGCAAAUCAUGAAGGAUCGCUGGAUGAACAUUGGGUAUGACGAGAAGGAGCUGAAAACAUACAGCGAACCAGAACAAGACUUCAAUGACCUCAAACGCAUCGAGCUGAUGGAGACGAUGGGCUUCGCUCAGGAGGAUGUGACAAAGGCGCUGGAGGGUCAGAAAUACAACGAGGUGACGGCGAUAUACCUGCUGCUGGGGAGGAAACCCGCUGAGUUUGCAGGCAGCGAGUCUUUGUCCAGCAGUAGCCUAGUUCAUAGGUCACGACCCAGCAGUGACCUCAACGGCUCCAGCCAGUCCCCCGCCCAUUCUCGCAACGCACCGGCCAAUCAGAAGCAGCGGCGCUUCAGCGACCACGUGGCGCCCUCCGUCCCCCCACCUGUCUCCUACACCAAGCGUUGUCAUGCCAGCAGCGUAGAGAGCGACAGGAAGGACGAGCCGGCGUCACCAGUGGGAGCUCCAGACCGCAGGAGGUCAGCCACCGCCUCAGGGAGCAUAACUCGGAGGAACACGUAUGUUCAUGAGAGGACGAGCGCAGAACGCCACUCGGUUGCUAUUCCCAACGGAAAGGACAGCAGUCUACCCGAGGUGCCUGCAGCAUCCCCCUUCCCGUCGCCAGGGGCAACUGUCUCCUCCACACGCCCCCGUCAUGUCAAAUCCAUGUCGGCGUCAGGACAUCCCAUGAAGUCCUGCCUGCCCCCCAUUGACGACAACGCAGAGUAUCAGAGCUCCCCCCAGCAGCCUCCGCCAUCACCUUCAGCCUUCAGCGUCACCAGCAGCAACAGCAGCACCACGCCGGACCGGACCCGCUUCCCCCGGGGCUCCUCCAGCCGCUCCACCUUCCACGGCGCUCAGCUUCGGGACCGACGACCCGCCACCUACAACGGCCCGCCGGCCUCGCCCAGCCUGUCCACACACACCACCACAUCGCUGGUCACGCCCCGCCGCGGCACCUCCACCUCCAUUAUUGGAAAGAUCACCUCCAAGUUUGUACGCAGGAGUUUUUCAAGCGAGCCCAAAGAGGAGGGGCGGGACUCCAAGCCUCGAGCCCUGCGCUUCACCUGGAGCAUGAAGACCACGUCCUCCAUGGAGCCGGGGGACAUGAUGAAGGAGAUCCGAAGGGUCCUGGACGCCAACAACUGUGACUACGAGCAGCGUGAGCGCUACUCACUGUUCUGCGUGCACGGCGACGCCCGGCAGGACAGUCUGGUCCAAUGGGAGAUGGAGGUAUGCAAGCUGCCCCGCCUCUCGCUCAACGGCGUGCGCUUUAAGAGGAUCUCCGGCACGUCCAUCGCCUUCAAAAACAUCGCCUGCAAAGUGGCCAACGAGCUCAGACUGUGAAGGGCUCCCAGUCAUCAUCAAAGGAGAAUACCUCUCUGUUCUUCACACAGUGACGCCCCACCAAGUGACGGCGGCCAUCUUGUGUUCAGCACGUCGCUAACUGCUGUAUGACUCAGAGGAAAAAACACCUUAUUAUACCCAACACACUUACUAUUUAAUGUUAUCACUAAAUGUUUGCCAGUGAAACCAAAUAUUCCAGCUGAUGUUCGGCAGGUUGACGAGGCUGAUGAGGGUGUUUGUUUGCUGUCACAACCUGCAGGAGCGAGACCCUCUGUUGGUUUGUCACUGUUUACCUGCACUUCAGCUUUCUACAAAAAACUGAAACAUCAUGUAAAGUUGAGACAGGUCGACAGGAUUAAAGCUGAUCACACAGGCAGAGAAACCUGACGAGUCUCUGACUGGACUCUCAACUAAGAGAUUAGCUUGUCAGAGAGCCACACGAGUGAAGCAGCAGUUACAUGGAGGGAAAUGACGACCAAACUUCCAUCUGGAGUUUUCUAAUAUUGUUGCAGUGCAUGUAGACGUAUGCUCUGACUCUCUGCUUCGACCUGAGUGUUAAAAUCAGUCAUCUGGUUUCUGGAGUGCAGAUAAACAGUGAGGGAAACAUGACCUCUGCUCCACCUGUGCAACUCUCCUGCUGCAAGAGUAUAACAGCGAGCUGUGCGUGCACGUUACACAACCUUAACCAGCUUUAUUGGCUUUAAACAUGUGAACACGCUCAAGGAAGGAAUCUGACUCUGAUUUUCGUUGACCUUAAAUACAAAGAAAAUAUCCAUACAGCUAAAAGCAAGGACGACAAAACUAAACAAGAUAAACAUUGACCUGCAUGUUGGUGAAGAUUCUCAGUCAUCCAGGUCAUGGUAAUCAUAAGUGCUGUAUCGUAGGCAGCUGGACUUGAUUGCGUUUCUUGAAGAUGUUUCACCUCUCAUCCAAGAAGCUUCUAAAUGACUGGUGCAGAGUCGCAGGCUUUAAACUCUGUGUGGGUGUGAACCCUUGCAGAGUCAUUGAGGUCACAUGUGAGCUCUGAGUUUCAGUUUCCAGAGAAGAAAGAUCCCAGCAAGCAUUUUUUGGUUUAAAAAACGUCUAAUAGCCGUCUGCAUGAAGACCUGACGUCUAGGCUAAAUCACGGCUGAAUUUGGGCUGUCAGUGAAAAUUUGGUAGACGUCUAACCAUAGCCAAAGUGUAGACGUCAUCAAUUAUACGGCUAUGUAGAGACCAUGUCCAAAAAAUGGAGAUAAACAUAUUUUAAUUACUGUUGACUCUCCAUACGUGAUUGAGUAUCAUACUGCACGCCAUCUGCAAUGGCGAAAAUUACAUUUAAUCUAUUUCAGAAUUAAAUCGGCUAGAUUUGGGUUACAUGUAGCUAGACUAAAUCGGAGCUAAAUAUAGUCAAUACGUUUAAAUCACGAUUAUUGCUUGCUGAGAUGGUUUGAAAGAAGCCAUCUACGUCAAACUGGAACGACCAUCGUUAAAGAGAGGAGGUGGCCUGUGACACCAUGUAUCACACACCUACAAUGCAGUCUUGGGAUCCCUCCCCAAAUGACUUCACACCCAUUCACACCUGGACCCAUGUAACCCUAAUGACACACAAGAUGGCCAGGUGGGUCAGUGACUCACAUGUGACCCCUACGACUCUGCAAGGGUUCACACCCACACAGAGUUCAAAGCCUGUUACUCUGCACCAGUCAUUUAGAAGCUUCUUGGAUGAGAGGUGAAACGUCUUCAAGAAACUCAAGCAGGUCCAGCUGCCUACGAUACAGCACUUAUGAUUGAGCUGCACUGUACAGAGAGCAAUAGUGCAAGGGAAAAAUAUGAUUGGUGUAACAGGUUUAGCAGUCCCUCAAGGAUUUGCAGGCUGUUUUUGGGAUUGUUGCAGCCUGAAAUAUCUGAUUUCACAGCAGCCUUUAAAAAAAACUGCGAUGCAUGUUGCUGUUAUUUUUAGGCUUUUUGUUUUUUGCAGUGAAAUUGUGGGAUCAAUUGAAACUGUCUCAGGUUCGGAGUUUAUCUCGAUGAGCAGUCAGUAGACCUUUUUACACAGAGAUGGCGCUAUAGAGUUGCUACAAAGUCCCUGCUUUAGGCCGCCUUUACAUUUUUACACAGAACCAAACAACAGCGGCAUCAUGUCGCUCCAGUGUGUGAUUAAAGACAGCAUGCUGGCAUCCUGCCAUUAAAAGAGGCAUCACAUUUAACACAACAGCGUCGGCCUCUAGUGUGACAUAUAACAUGUCAAUAACAAUCAUUCAUCCCUGUUACAUGGCGGCUGAUCUCGUCUGCUGCUCAGAGGGUAAGGAGCUCCUGGACCUCUUUGUUUUUUUAACUGUUUGCGGACAGUUACAGCCGCCGUUCUUCUUUUUCAGUUAGCUGCAAACUGCUAAUAGCUACUCUUUAAAUCUCCCGCGGUGGGUCGCACACAAAAUACAACCCGAUCUCGUUCCAGAGUCAAAUACCGGCGCUUGGGUAGUCACUUCCAACAUCAGACACCAACCACUUCUGCGUGAUUGUAAAGCCAAACCCUUUCUUUUUUUUCCAAAACCCAACCAUGUGUGUGUGUUGGCUAAACGUAACCACGUGUGUGCGAUAUUGAAGGGGAAAAAAAAAAGUCAAUUUGCGGUGUUGUGUUGAUGUAGGGCUUUUAUUUUGAAAGACUGUAUGCAAACUGUGUUUUUUGAAAACAGACAAUGCAUGUAACAGGCUGAAGUUGACACGGCGUCCCAGAACGUCAACAACCAACACACCCAGGGUACCUUGGACGCCAUAUGUGGACGUGGAAAGUCCAUGACCAAACGUGGACAUGUGACGAGGUCACAGUGAGGAUGAGUUACAUCAUACGUUGUCAAAAGAUCACACCCGUGAUGCCCAUGAUCCUGGUUAUACAGACACCCUUUUUGCACUGUUACUGCUUCCCAUGGUGGAUUAAAGGCGAGAAAACACUUUCCCCCGUUCCGCAAUCGUACCUUAUAUACAGCACGGCGAGGCAGCAUGAUGCUGUGAUAUUCCCGCCCUGAACAGACUGUGUAAAAGGUGGCUAGUGCUUCCCACAGAGUUAGAAUCUAUUUGUGAUGGUGGGAGGGGGGCAGAAACAUGUGAUCACCAACAAUCAUCUGUUUCUGCUGUUUGAAGCAGAGCUGAGGGACAGUCUUCAUGAGCCACACUCCUCCUGCUCUCUACCUGGUUAGCAUGAGCUAACACAGCAGCAGCAGCGACUAACAUCCAACACCGAGCCAUUGAGCAGUCCCAGCAAUCUCACCGUCUCUGUCAUUAAACCUGUUAACAAACUUUGGGUAAUGUUAGCUGUGUGAUGCUAACAGUUAGCCCUGUCACUGCAGUCCCAUGAUAAACAGAGAGAGGGGACAAGGAGGGGCUGAACGAAUCAAUGCGCUGCACCCAGCUCUACAAUAAAGUUUGAUUUUAUUUGUUUUAAAUAGUCAAAUUUGCAGUAAAGUUGUGGUGACUGGACAAAAUUGUGGGGUCACACAGAUUUAACAGGGAUUAAUUUGCAGUAAUUGUUGUGGUCCCACCAUCAGAACAUCCUGGAGGGACCGGCUGAUCAUUCAGUCAUUACAGUCUGAAACACGAUAUUUAAUAAAUCAGUCUGCUCAUGUGUCUCUGAUGGUGUAAAACUGCCUCAACCUCCAUCACUACAGAGCCAGCUAGAUAGCUGACCAGUUAGCAACAUCAUCAAUGUAGCUAACUGAAGAUGUGUUCAGACCAGUCUCACGUAGUCAGACCUGUCUCCACAGAGCUGUGUCAGCACCAGAGGAAGGUCGACAACGGCAAUUCAUUAAGAGAACGAAGCGGCCGUGCGUUAUCGCCCGAUCCAAAUCUUCAUCAAAACUCGGACAUCAUUGAGUUCUAAUUUUUAAACUAACGUGCCAUUUAUUGGUACAAAUGAUUCAUAUUAGAUGUGAAAAGACUUUAAGAGGAGAAGUGAAGGUGGUACACUGAGGAGACACAUCGGUGCAAGUUGACAAUAUUUCAACUCGAGGUUUUCUAACUCCAGUUCAUGAACGUACGGACGAAGGAAAAGGAGAGAAACUGCAGGAAAAUAAGUGAAAGAACUGCAUGAAUUUAUUUAUCGGUGAAUUCGCCACCAGGUUGUUCAGCUGACGUCCGUGCAGUCGGUACAUGAGCUGUUUGUGUGGAGUAAAAAGUCCAGAGGUCAUAUCUGUGCAACUGAUCACGAGCACAGAUGUUGGCUCAUCAGUGACGCAGGUUUCAUCCCGUCGUUCCGAUGUAACGGCCUCGAGUUUGAACGGGUUCCAUGAAGCAUCUUCCCUCCUGGUUUUAAACGUUCUCAGUCGCAGUCGCCUGAAUGAUGCAGACGUUAACAGCAAAUAUCCAGUUGCGCAGUCGAGUUGCACAGUUUGCAGUCGAGGGAAUGAGUCAUGAAAUGUGACGACCAAUCAGGAGGUGACAGCAUGUGACCUCUGACCUCUCCUGCUGACUCAUGUUAAUACUGUUGCAAUAAUCCUGGAGCUUUUGGUGAAUGAUGUCAGUGGUUCAAACACAAACUGUAAAGCUCCAUGAAUCUUUAUUUUUAACACAUUAACAGCUGACAGAACAGAAUGUGUGUCUAUUGUUUGAUUGUUGUUGCUGUACAACGUGACACCUGUCCAGGUGAAUAUGUGCAGGUACAGUAUUGAUCAGUCUGAUUUUACUUUGUCCACACUGUCUUCUUUUUUUCCACCAUUGAAACAUAACUAUUUUUCAAAGCUUUCAGCAGCGAGGUAAAACUUGAUUUUUAUGUUGCUGCUGAACGAAGCAUCAAACCCGAACCACGCCAUCGAGCAACACAUCCCGUUUAAACUUAAAGGAUCAGUCUGGUGUUUUUCUAUUGUUUUGUUUUGUUUUAAUCAACAAAUCUUGUGCAUGUCUGUGACUCAUGAAUCUGUAGUUCCUUCAGUCGCUGUAGUUUUUAUCAAACAAACAACAGGAAACCGUGACUUACUUUGGGACUAUUUUCAGCAGCGGAUUAAUCCACAUUUGGUGCAGUGAAUGUUAAGAUAUAUCAGGCCUACACACAGUGCUUAGUGUGCUCGUUAUUCAGCUUGUCCCUAUCAGAGAACCCUUUUUGGUUCCUGGAAGAAUCUUUUAGAAAGGAUCCACCUGGAACUCUUUUAGAGGGUUCUACCUAUAACCCAACAAUAAGGGUUAUACCUAGAUCCAUCUGUGAAAGGUUCCACCCAGAAACCCCUAUGACAAGUUCUAUAGAGAACCCUUUCACGAUGUAAUGGCUCCAACCACAACACUCUCUGGGGGUUCUAUUCAGAACCUUCAUACCUUGUAAGGGUGCUAACACCUCACCCAGGGCGUUCUACCAAGAAACCUUUAAUAUACCAAUGGUUUCAUCUAAAGCCGCUGAGGGGGUUCUACCAUAGACUGUAUAUAAAGAUGAAGGACACGUCUUUACUUUCCCCCUCUGUACAAACAAAGCUAUGACAUCCCGGAUACGGCCGCUGUCAUCUUCUGCUGGUGACGUCGUUCGGAGCCAGAGUCGCCAGCGGUAUCGAGUUCCGUCCAUACACCCUUCUGACGAGCACACCGAUUGGCCCACACAGCGGUCAGUCAUGACCUCAGUCCCCCACCCCCCUUUUGUUCUAACAUAACGUAUGACCAAAGUUAUCAGAAAAACGAGCACUUUGACAAACAUCAGCGUGAUAAGAACUUCCCAAAAUAACAGGAAACAAUUAUUUGAUGCGCACUUUGAGUUUUUAGUUUGGUCCAUGUCAGCCGACUGACAUGGACCAAACUAAAAACUCAAAGGAGGUGGAGUUUAUGACCUGUACUGCAACCAGCCACCAGGAGGCAAUUCAGAUGUUUUGGCUUCACUUUUUGGGGAGCUGUCACGUCGUCAGUAUUUACAGUCUAUGGGUUUCACCGAGAACCCUUUCAAAUUCCAAGGGUUUCAUUUAGAACCUACUCAGGGGUUUCUUCUGAGAACCCUUUUAUAUUCCAUGGGAUUGAUCAAGAACCCACCCAGUGGGGCUCUAAGUUUAUUAAUUGACUACAUUACCCAUAGAUCUCUUCCCCACUAAUAAUCAUGGUUGUGGUUUAACAGGUGAGUCGCGUGUCAAGGGAACCGCGUCGUUAGGAGGCUCCAUGAGGCUCCUAAAGGGCCGGGACUGAUGUGGUCCAAUGUAACCUCGAACAACAUGGUUCACAAUCACGUUCUUGGGCAGCCGGCGAUUUUGUGGAAUCACCACCACUAUAGCCUUUACUGUGGUUGGGAACCAAAACUCUGUUUCCUUAGUCUUAAGCCUGAUUUAUGGUCCUGCGUUAAAUCAACAACGUCGCUACGUCGUAAGGUACGUGGCUACGCAGAAGGCUCGCCGUAGCCCCCGGCGUAGCCUGACGUGCACCUCCCCAAAAAUGUAACUACACGUCAAGGCGACGCAGACCCAGCGAAGACCGAGAGGGCUGUGAUUGGUUUGCUUGGUAGCAACGCAUUUCCGGUUCCGUAUUUCCAGAUUGCGCCAUCCCCGCCAUCUUUAAACAUCUUCUGUUGCGAUGAAGAUGUUGCAGUAUUAAGGCCCAUUUAUGCUCAGCGUUCGAUACGGAUACGGACGGAGCCGUCUGUCUGUGCUCUGCGUUCAUUUCUCUGCGACCGGAAAAGCCGGAAGCUAAACAAAGAAUCAACUAGAGACGACGAUAACCAUUCAGGAAAGGAACGCAGCCUCCUACCGCUCUGGCGGUGAAUUGCACCGCGACGAAAUGGAGUGACGGAGAAGUACGAAGGGUUCACGACGGCGUCACGGCAACGACGUAGGUACAUUGUAGGUACGCCGCAGGACCAUAAAUCAGGCUUUACAAAGACUCCCUUUUUUGAAGAACCCAUUCUUCGAAAAAGGGAGUCUUUGGAUGGAAAGGGGUCUUCUAAAGGAACCCUUACCCUUACAAAGAAUUGUUGAAGAAGCCUUUCUGUGAAAACUGGGUUCUUUGGAGGAAAAAGAUACUUCAGAAGAAAUCUUGAGUUGUACAAAGAAUCCUUAAAGAACUCUUUUGUCCAAAAAAGAGGGUUUUGAAUUAAAAGGGUUCUUAAAGGAACCCAUAGUCUUACAAAGAAACCAUAAAGAACCCUUGCUUCAAAAAAAGGGUUCCUAGGGUGAAAAUGGCUCUUCUUAAGGAACCUUAGUCUGACAAAGAACCCUUGCAUUUCUACCAAAAAAAAAAAGUUUUUUUGGGAUGAAAGUGUUUCUUCUGACGGAGCCCUCCGUCUUAAAAAGAACCCUAGCAGAACCUUUUUUUUCUUUCAAAAAAAUGAUUCUUUGAAUGAAGGGUUCUUUGAAAGGAACCCUUAGUCUUACAAAGAACUCCUGAAGAACUCUUUCUUCAGAAAAAAGGUUAUUUAAAUGAAAAUUGUUCCUCAAAGGAACCCUUGGUCUUACAAAGAAACCUCUCUUGAAAAAAUGGUUCUUUGUAUGAAAAGGCAAAACUCUUUUGUCAAAAAAGCAUUCUUCUGAAACAACUGGUUCUAAGUAGAGCCUCAGCCCUUCAGGAAGAACCUUUUUGGAACCGUUAUUUCUAAUGCUCAAAUUCCACCAGAUGCAUGUUGGUUGCGUCUGCGCUCCGUCACAGCUGCGGCACUCCGGAGCCCUCCUCAACAGAUAAGAGUGUAAAUACAUUUACCGUUGGUGUGAGUCUUCUCAGCAACAUAGAAAGUCACCAGAUUUAUCCUUUAAAGCAACGUUCCAGCAGAAAUUGAGUUUCCUGUCAGCUAGCUGCUGAAAUUGCCCGUUCUGCCUGUUUAUUGCUGUUCCCCGGUAGAUCAUUCUGUAUGUUCUCCACCACUUAAUGCCUUCUGAACGUACUGAUUUGUAUUUCUGAUGCACUCAGUUGCACCAGAGGAAAUGAGCAGUUUGUGAUUCUGAGUUUUUCUGUAUAUUUUGAAUUUUUGUUCCCACUAAUCGACAGAGCCUCUAACUGGCUCUGCUUGUCUCUACAGUGUCGAGGUCGUGAGGGUUCACCGUGCAAUGGUUCUCCAUCACUACUGAAACUGGAGAACACUUUGGACUGUAUGUCGUAGCACUUAAAACCAGGAAGGGAACAAACAAUGCAAACCUCCCGGCCCUGUCUGACAGGGCGCGAGGUGACAAGGUGUGACGCUGCCUUCACGUCACGAGGAGAAGACUGUAAAUCUGAGCCUCUUACUUGAAAACAGCCUUCGCCUCACGUUCAGAUAGAACCUUGUACCACGUGACCGACUGUGAUGAGUCGGGCUCGUCAUGAACAGGAACGUAGCAGAAGUCCAGUGUAGCCGUGAUCGAUUCAUUUCAAAUAAAAGCCUCACAGAUGAAA